AGAGAACAAGCCUGGAUUUAGGCCUGUUUGGGUUCCCACAUCCCAAAGUCUCAGUGAGAGAUAAAUUGCAGUGUGGCUCUGUUCUCAGGGCGAUUUCAGGUGAGCUGCGCGAUGGGCUCUGAGCUGGAGACAGCGAUGGAGACUCUCAUCAAUGUGUUCCAUGCCCACUCGGGCAAGGAGGGAGACAAGUACAAGCUGAGCAAGAAGGAGCUAAAAGAGCUGCUGCAGACUGAGCUCUCCGGCUUCCUGGACGCCCAGAAGGAUGCAGAUGCUGUGGACAAGGUGAUGAAAGAGCUAGACGAGAAUGGAGAUGGGGAGGUAGACUUCCAGGAGUACGUGGUGCUGGUGGCUGCCCUCACAGUAGCCUGCAACAACUUUUUCUGGGAGAACAGCUGAGCAGACAGCCCCAGUGGGCAGCGCCCUUCCCCCUCACCCCACUUUUCCCUCCCUACACUCCUACCCUUGCCCACCCUCCACCAAGGGCGCAAGAGUAGUGGGCCAAGCCUGCAACUCAUCGUUCAUUAAAGGCUCUUCUCUGGCCA